AUGUCAAAGGCAAAUCCUCUUCUCGACCCUUCAUUAUUCAACAAUGCACCACUCAGUGAUGGAGAAUCUGGAACAAAAUCAGAUACUGGCAAUAAAGAAGAACAAGUUUUGGACAAAAGUGAGGACCAUAGAAUUUUAGGGCAGGUGAAACAGGGGGAGGAUUACAGUUCAGAAUCUCACGACCGUAGUAUGAUCGAUGUCCAUCAUGAAGGUGGCUUGGGUAUUGAAUUAUUGGGCAACAAUAAAACUGGCAGCAACAACGAAAUUUCUGAAUCAAACCGCGAUGGAGAAUAUUCGGAGCAGGAGUAUUCUGAGCAUCUUUCCGAAGAUGGAGAAAUAUCGUCUUCAGAAUAUAGCGACGACAAUGAGAUGAACAUGGAAGACUCAAUGAGAGAAACCCAACCAUCACCUCCAUUACAAUCACCUUCAUCACCUCCCUCGUACUCACCACCUCCAACCCCAGUCUUGAGGCUCGCGUCACUUUUUCCAUCUAACGCUAGUAUGUCAUCAGCCGCAACCACAGCAUACUUCGAUAGUACGAUCCGCUUCGCUACUAGAAUUAACGCGAGAAAAGUUCGCGUGCAUGACACGCAGGUUACAAUGGCAGAACAUCGAUUGAGAAAAAUGCCAGGAAUGUGGAGAAGAUCUUCGAAAGUACCUAGUUCUCUCAGGAAAUGCUGGACGCCUUAUGAUACGUUCGAUGAGUAUUUGGAGAACACAUUAGUAGCUGUGAAUGAAUACGGAGCGGAGGAUGGGGAGGAAGCGGAUGGAGAGGAAUAUGCAGAGAACAUGGGUGAUUAG